AUGAAUGCAGUUGAUGGAUCAGAUCAUUAUGAAGCCACAGCCGAAGGUCCAUUGCCCUCGCUCCUUGUAAUUGUUUUGGAUACAAAUCCGCAUGCCUGGGCAUUGUUAGCUUCGACUUUAUCUCUUCCAAAAGCAGUGGCCAAUAUCCUUGUCUUUAUUAACGCACACUUGGCCUUCAAUAAUGCGAAUCAAGUGGCAGUAGUUUCUAGUCAUUGUCAUCGCGCAGUUUGGCUAUACCCUCGACCACAAUCAAAAUCUGAAGAUAUUGAUAUGCCCGAUGUACCUGAGCUUGUCCACGAGAAUUCGAAGAAAUAUCGUCCUUUUGCACUCAUUGAAGCUAGCCUUCUGUCUUCUCUCCGUGAACUCAUCGCUACUACCACGGAAACGGAUGUUAUCACAACAAUAACCACCCAGAUGGCAGGUGCUCUGACACUUGCGUUAUCCUACAUCAAUAAAGCUUCAACAAAUUAUUUUGGCAAAUCAGACACAGAACCUGCACUUAGCAGUGGCGAAACAAGUGAUCGAUUAUCUGGACUACAAAGUCGCAUUUUAAUUAUUUCUGUUUCAGGAGACCUGGCACAUCAAUACAUUCCAAUUAUGAAUACGACGUUUGCCGCCCAGCGACUUAAGGUUCCAAUUGAUAUUUGUAAACUAGCUGGUGAUACCAUAUUUUUACAACAGGCCUCAGACGCCACCAAAGGUAUAUACAUUCAUCUACGAAGCCCACAAGGACUUUUACAGUAUUUGAUGAUGGCAUUUCUUCCAGAUCAAUCAAGCCGGAAACAUUUAGUGGCCCCGACGCAGGAAAAAGUUGACUUUAGAGCUGCCUGCUUCUGUCAUAGAAAGGUGGUUGAUGUGGGUUUUGUGUGCAGUAUUUGCCUCAGUAUCUUUUGCUGUCCUCCUGAAGGAAACAUCUGUCUGACUUGUUCAACACACCUUACAUUAGGAGACUAUGGCGCCAAGCCAGCCGUCGUCUUGCGGAAAAGGAAAAAGCGUAGAAAGAUAAACGGGAUUGAAACGGAAGGCACAAGCUCUACUCAAAUUCCAAAAAGAUAA